ACCCAAAAACCUCUCAAAGGUGGAACUCGCUUAUUCAAUAAGGAAUACGAUAGUAUCUUUCUUUCAAACUCACCUUCAAUAAUGUUUUCAGGUACUGAUUUUCUCCUCAAACCCAUUUUCCUCCGCGGGUUUUCUGGCUCUUUACACUUACUUUUGUUAUUUGUGUUAUUAGUCACGUUUGUUUUUAAGAAACUUAGUGUGGGUGGUAGUGAAGAUAUUAAACAGAGGUUUGAUAAUACCAAGAGGGCAUUGUGUUACAAACUCGCUCUGUUCUGUUGUCUGGGCGUUUCGGUGUCCAGUUUUGUCUGGUGCUUAUUGAGCUACUUCUAUUGGUAUAGGAGUGGUUGGUCUGAUGAUGAAAUAGUUACCCUUUCGGAUUUCGCGCUUAGAGCAAUCUCUUGGGGUGCACUUUCUGUCUAUUUGCAUACCCAAUUUUUUAUUUUACCUGAUAUUAAGUUCCUAUUUCUAUUGAGAGUUUGGUGGGGCGUUUAUUUUUCAAUUUCUUGUUAUUGUCUUGUCGUGGACAUUUUUCUUUAUGGAAAACAUGAACAUGUGUCCUCCCAAGUUCACUAUUUAGUAUCAGAUGCAGUCUCUGUCUUCACUGGUUUGUUUCUUUGUUUUGUGGGGUUCUUGAAAAUUAAGGGUGAAUAUACACUUCUUGAAGAACCUCUAUUAGAUGGUAAUAAUUUAGAUUCAACCAAGUCUAGGGGAGGUGAUUUUGUAACUCCUUACUCAAAUGCUGGUAUUUUCAGCUUUCUUACCUUCUCUUGGAUGGGUUCCCUAAUUGCUGUUGGUAAUAAGAAAUCCAUAGACAUUGAAGAUGUUCCUCAACUUCAUAGUGUGGAUAGUGCAGUUGGGUCUUUUCCAGUUUUCAAAAAUAAACUCGAGUCAUAUAGUGGUGCCACUAGUGGAGUUACUACAUUUAAGCUUGUGAAGGCACUGUUCUCAUCAGUUUGGAAAGAAAUUCUGUAUACAGCUUUUCUUGCGCUGCUGUACACAGCGGCUUCCUAUGUCGGUCCAUACCUUAUAGAUGCGUUUGUUCAAUGCCUCAAUGGGCGAGGGCAGUAUAAAAAUCAGGGAUAUAUUUUAGCUUCUGCCUUUUUUAUUGGGAAGGUUGUAGAGUGCCUCUCACAGAGGCACUGGUUCUUUUGGUUGCAGCGAAUUGGAAUUAGGAUGCGCUCAGUACUUAUGGCUAUGAUCUACAACAAAGGCUUAACCAUUUCAUGCCAGUCAAAGCAAGGCCACACUAGUGGGGAGAUCAUCAAUUUUAUGACAGUUGAUGCAGGGCGAAUUGGUGACUUUAGCGGGUACAUGCAUGAUCCUUGGCUGGUAAUCAUCCAAGUUAGUUUGGCCUUAUUUAUAUUGUAUAAAAAUCUUGGGCUUGCAGCAGUUGCAGCUUUGCUUGCAACUAUUAUUGUCAUGUUGUUGAACUAUCCAUUAGGGAGACUACAGGAGAGAUUUCAGGAGAAGUUAAUGGAAUCUAAAGACAAAAGAAUGAAAGCAACAUCUGAGAUAUUAAGGAAUAUGAGAAUCCUGAAGCUGCAGGCAUGGGAAAUGAAGUUUUUGUCUAAGAUUAUUGAGCUCCGAAACACUGAGACAGGAUGGUUGAAGAAAUUUGUUUACACUUCAGCAAUUGUCGGUUUUGUCUUCUGGGCUGCUCCUACUUUAGUGUCUGUGUCCACUUUUGGUACUUGUGUGCUUUUGGGAAUCCCACUUGAGUCAGGGAAAAUCUUGUCCGCACUUGCCACAUUUAGGAUUCUUCAGCAGCCAAUCUAUAAUCUUCCUGACACAAUUUCUAUGAUGGUUCAAACCAAGGUUUCCCUCGACAGAAUUGCAUCUUUCCUACGUCUCGAUGACUUGCAGUCUGAUGUUAUAGAGAAGAUUCCUAGAGGUAGUUCUGACACAGCAGUAGAAAUAGGUGAUGGGAAUUUCUCGUGGGACUUGUCUUCUCCAAAUCCAACCCUAAAAGACAUUAAUUUUAAAGUUUUCCAUGGUAUGAGGGUUGCUGUAUGUGGUACUGUGGAUCAGGGUAAGUCGAGCUUACCUGUCCUUUGCAUUUUGGAGAGCGUGCCCAAGAUAUACUUGAAGUUAUGUGGAAAAAGGUGCCUAUGUGUUGCUCAUGUUCCGGCCUUGGAACCAAAAGAAGUGCAAGAAUUGAAAGUUGAGAACCCAUCAUUUUUGGCACGAGUAUGGACAAAGAAAGGUAUGAAAAGGAUAUUGGAGGCAUGUUCGCUGAAGAAGGACUUGGAAAUCCUCCAUUCUUGCAGGCCCGCGGUAUCAAUCUGCAGUGGUUGACAGAAACAGAGAAUGACGAUAGCACGAGCUCUUCUAACCAAGAUGUGACGUAUCUAUCUAUUUGAGCGAUCCUGUAAGGCUCACGUUCAAUUGCAAUUGCAGAAGUUUUGCUUGGCCUGUUGAGUUCAAAAAACUGUUAUUUAUGUUACUCAUCAAGUUGAAUUCUUACCAGUUGCUGAUUUAAUAUUGGUGAUGAAAGAUGGAAGGAUCACACAGGCUGGGAAGUACGAUGACAUUCUCAAUUCAGGGUCUGAUUUUAUGGAACUUGUUAGUGCACAUAAGACAGCUUUAUCUGUACUUGAUUCCAAACAGGCAGGGUUGACUUCUGGAAAUGAAAGUAUCAGCCAGGAUGUUGAUGGCAUGAGCAUUACCAAUGGAGUUCUAUCGAAAGAAGAAAAUAAAGAUGUACAAAAUGGUAAAGCUGGACCCAAACGACAGCUUGUUCAAGAAGAAGAGAGAGAAAAAGGUAAAGUUGGAUUCCAUGUAUACUGGAAAUAUCUGACAACUGCAUAUGGAGGAGCCGUGGUGCCCUUUUUUUUGCUGGCACAGAUUCUCUUUCAGGUCCUCCAAAUUGGUAGCAACUAUUGGAUGGCUUGGGCAACUCCGUUGUCAAAGGAUGUGGAACCUGUUGUUAGUGGGUUCAAAUUAAUAAUCGUCUAUGUAGCUUUGGCUGUUGGAAGUUCUGCCAUCCUUGCCAGAGCGGACCAGUUUUUGUAACAGCUGGGUACCAAGACAGCAACUAUGCUAUUUAAUAAAAUGCAUUUUUGCAUUUUCCGUGCUCCCAUGUCCUUCUUUGAUGCAACUCCGAGUGGGCGAAUCCUAAACAGAGCUUCUACAGACCAAAGUGCAGUGGAUAUGCAAAUUCCAAAUCAAGUUGCAUCUGUUGCAUUCUCAAUGAUCCGGCUUCUGGGAACCAUUGCAGUGAUGUCUCAGGUAGCUUGGCAAGUUUUUAUUAUCUUUAUCCCUGCAAUCGCUGCCUGCAUCUGGUACCAGCAAUACUAUCUCCCAUCUGCAAGAGAGCUUUCACGAUUGGUUGGAGUGUGUAAAGCCCCAGUUAUCCAACAUUUCGCCGAAACAAUUUCAGGAUCGACAACUGUCAGAAGCUUUGAUCACCAAUCAAGAUUCCAAGAAACAAAUAUGAAAUUGACGGAUGCAUAUUUUCGGCCGGAUUUUCAUAGUGCUGGGGCAACAGAAUGGCUUUGCUUCCGCUUGGAUAUUUUCUCUUUGUUUUUCUUAAUCUCUUUUCCGGAGGGAAUUAAUCCAGCCAUUGCCGGUUUAGCUGUGACAUAUGGACUCAAUCUAAACGCGCUGCAAGCUACGGUGAUAUGGAAUAUUUGCAAUCUAGAAAAUAAAAUCAUAUCAGUAGAGAGAAUACUCCAAUACAUGUCUACUCCUAGUGAGCCUCCUCUUGUAGUAGAUGAAAACCGGCCAGACCCUUCUUGGCCAUCACAUGGAGAAGUAGAUAUUUGUAAUUUGCAGGUUCGGUAUACCCCUCAUAUGCCACUCGUGUUUCAUAUGCCACUCGUGUUGCAAGGUCUCACAUGUACUUUCCCAGGAGGGAAGAAAACUGGUAUUGUGGGGAGAACAGGCAGUGGUAAAUCAACUCUCAUCCAAACAAUUUUCCGGAUUGUUGAACCUGCAGCUGGUCAGAUUGUGAUAGAUGGCAUCAAUAUCUCAUUGAUUGGUUUGCAUGACUUGCGAUCAAGAAUAAGCAUUAUUCCUCAGGAUCCUACCAUGUUCGAAGGGACUGUACGGAGUAACCUGGACCCUCUUGAAGAGUACACAGAUGAUCAAAUUUGGGAGGCUCUUGAUAAGUGCCAACUUGGAGAUGAGGUUAGGAAGAAGGAGGAAAAGCUAGAUUCAACAGUCACUGAGAAUGGAGAGAACUGAUAUGGGUCAAAGGCAG